UGCAUUUCUCUAAACCCUUCUUCAGCCCUCUCCGUACUCCAUAGUCCAGCCAGUUCUCUCUCACUCUCUCUCACACACACACACACACACACUCCCCCACGCCAGAUGCUGAUCCAACGCUCAGUCGUCGCCAAAGCCCUCCAUCUCCGAUACUUCACCCAAUCAGCCGUAGCAACUCUUCUCCAAGCCUUCCAGCAAGAAAUCCCACUCACAUACCUCGAAGGGUUUCCGAAGCCAGACCCCAAAUACGACGAGACCAUCCGUGCAAUCCCACGCGCCGCCUCCGGUUCAAACAUUUCCGCCAAAGAAAGAAAGAAAGGUCGAGUUCCAAGCAUCGUCUUCGAGCAAGAGGACGGCCAGCAUGGUGGGAACAAAAGGCUUAUUUCCGUACAUACCAAUCAGAUCAAGAAGCUUGUUAACCAUUUGGGUCGGUCGUUUUUCUUGUCUAGGCUUUUUUAUCUUGAGGUUCGGCCGGAUUUUGAGUCCGAUGAGCUAAUAGAGAAGGUUCGAGUAUUGCCUAGGAUGCUUCAUCUGCAUGCCGGUACAGAUAGAGUACUUAAUGUUACAUUUAUGAGAGCUCCAUCGAGUGCUUUGUUGAAGGUUGAAAUUCCUCUUGUAUUCAGAGGAGAAGACGUAUCUCCUGGGUUGAAAAAAGGAGCCUAUUUGAACAUUAUUAAGAGGACUGUUAAGUAUCUCUGCCCGGCCGAUGUAGUCCCUCCCUAUAUUGAUGUGGACCUAAGCGAAUUGGAUGUGGGCCAAAAGUUGGUAAUGGGUGACCUCAAGGUUCAUCCCGCUUUAAAGCUUGUUAUGCCCAGUGAAGAACCUGUUUGCAAGAUUGCAGGAGCAAGGGUUUCUGAUCAACGGAAAUCUAAAUGAGCACUUCUGUUCAAUUGUCGGUGAGCCUGUUAACAAGAUCAGCCACUUGGUGUAAGGCUUCGUUGAGUUGAGUUGUUGGGAUAUAAUCUUUUAGGUUAAUGGUUUUGUUCAUUGGAUGGAACUCCUAAAAAUAGGAUUAUGGCUGAUUUUUUUUUAAAGAAAAAGAACAGUUUCUCCUCUUCAUAGUGGAGUGUGGAGGGUGGAGUGUUGUUGAACAACCAUCAUGCUUUCGAUAUCACCAACUUUGUACCUUUUUUUGAUUAUUAGUUACAGUUUUGUUUCCUAUUAAGCAGAAAAAGUGUGAUGUACGACUGGUCUAUGAAUAAAUACUA